UGAAAGACGUUAAAGCUUUCUUUUAUUUCUUUCAGAUAUUGUAAGAUUUGCGCAGGAAACCUUUGCACAAGAGAAGAUUGUUGUAAUACCUAAAAUAUUAAUAAAUGGUUCUUGGAGAACAUUGUGCAGGGAUAGCUGGCAAGAUUCAAGUACAAAAUUUCUUUGCAAAAGCCUUGGUUACUCUGGAUAUCAAGCUUCAUUACGCAACAGGAGUUCAAAUGAAGAGCAUUUGGUUAACAAUAUUAGGUGCAGUGAAUCGGCUAGGACAUUUUCAAUGUGUACAUUUGACUUGAUUACCCCUGGAAACUGCAGAACCAAUGGUAGUGUGGAAAUUGUAUGUUAUUCCGGCGAUGUUAAAAGAUUUAUUAGACUUGUCAAUGGAGAAUCAAGCAACGAAGGACGUGUAGAGGUGUUUAUCAAAGGAGAAUGGGGCACUGUGUGCGAUUACGGCUGGGAUUCUUCUGACGCACGUGCUUUGUGCAGAAGUCUUGGAUAUACAGGAAAUUCUUAUGCUCGUAGUAAUGGCUAUUUUGGACAAGGAUCGGGACCUAUUUGGAUGAGUAAUGUCAACUGUGCAUAUAGGGAGUCAUCUUUCUUUGAUUGUCCGUACGGAGAAUACGGGUAUCAAAACUGUCGUCACUCUGACGAUGCUGGUGUAACAUGCAAAUAGUGUAUAGGAUACACUUGUAAAUCUUCCGACCUUAUGUGUUUUAAUUUUUUACAUACUUAAUGAUUUUGAAAAUUGACGUUUAGAAAUACCAAAGAUUAUAUUGUAAAAAAAAAUCAUUUAAUAGUUGUAUGUAAAUCUUUUAAAAUUAUUAUACAUGAAUAUGCUUUUUUAAGAAUAUUAAAAUUAUUCCACA